GGCGCUAACACGCGUUUUUCGAGGAAGUAGGAGCAUUCGAAACAUGGCUCUUUUGAACAGGAGUUGUCUGGCAGCUUGUAGGAAGUGUUUAGCUGCAAGGAUGAGUGGGGACUCAAGGGUGUCCCUACAACUUUCACCUUGGACAUGCAGUUACUUUGACGAACCUGUUCACAUGGAAGUCGACGGACUCCCCCCUGAGCAAUCUGUGGAGAUGCGAUCCAAACUUACCGAUAGCAAAGGUGUUUCCUUCCAAGCUUCGGCCACAUUUUAUUCUGACAAAAAUGGACACAUCGACGUGGAUAAAUGUCCAUCGAUGGGUGGGAGCUACAUUGGAAUUGAGCCUAUGGGGUUGUUUUCGUCGAUGCAACCACUGGUUCCACACAGUAGGCUAAUCAAGAGAGAUGUGUCAGCGCCACUGUCCGUUGACAUCGAGGUGGUAUGCGAUGGACAGAUUGUUGCACAAGAGACUCUUGAGAGGCGAUGUAUGGCAGAUGAUGUGCAGAGAUUUCCCUUGGAAGAUGGCAACAUAAGAGGUUCACUGUUUGUGCCACCUGGACCUGGUCCGUUCCCUGCCAUUCUGGACAUACCCCACUUGGGUGGCGGUUUGACAGAAUUACGAGCAAGCCUAUUAGCAAAAAAAGGUUAUGUGGUCAUGGCUUUGGCAUAUCAUGGCUAUCAGGAUUUGCCCAAAGUGUUGAUGAAGCUUGACGUGGAGUACUUGGAGGAAGCUGUGGCAUUCUUGCGGGCUCACCCCAAAGUAAAGGGACCAGGCAUAGGGAUCCUCUCCAUCUCCAAGGGUGGGGAUCUAGCACUUACAAUGUCAGCAUUGCUUCCUGGGAUUUCUGCAACUGUCUGCAUCAAUGGUUGCAAUGGUGCCACUGCCUUUCCCAUCCAUUACAAAGGCACGGUGAUCCCCCCAAUCAACGUCGACAACGGCAAAAUAAUCCACAGAAAAGAUGGACUUCUGGAUGUAAGGGAUGCUAUUCCAGAUCCUAUGCUGGAAGAGAACCGGGCCUCUGUGAUUCCCAUUGAGCGUGCCAGCUGCCACUUCCUGUUUGUGGCCGCUGAAGACGACAGGAACUGGAACAGUCUUUUAUUCAGCGAACAGGCUGCUCAACGACUCCGGGACCACGGCAAAGACAACUACGAGCUGGUGCGGUACCCAAAGGCAGGACACUUCCUGGAUGUUCCCUACACGCCCCACUGCCCCUCCAGUUUCCACCCAGCAGCUGGUACUGUGGUGGUCCUGGGAGGGGAGCCCAAGGCUCAUGCUGAGGCCCAAGUCGAUCUGUGGGAGAGGGUCCAGCAGUUUUUCAGAAGGCAUUUAAAUAGUGGUCACUCCAAAUGGAAAGCCAUGCUGUAAUGUGUUUUAUAGUGUGUGAAAGUUAGUCUGUUUAUUUUGUAAGUUAAAUGUUGUUCAGAAAGGCUUGGUAAAUGCACAUGACUGUGUGGAUUCACUUGAAUGUGGCAUAGGCUACAAACAUUGACAUUUACAUAAGUCAUUUAGCGCGCAAAUCUUGUGUUGUUGACGGAAGGAGGACUGUGCCGUGAGCAUUCAAAAAGGGGGUUGUGAAGCGCUUGGGGAAAGAAGUUUUCUCAAAUGGCGGAGUACGCUUCUGGAGAGGGCACAGUUUUCCUUCGGUCAACAACACGAGAUUCACGUUCCUCGAUAUACUUUUCGAGUCUUUAAAAUCCAAAAUGGCCAGUGUUGCCCGGACUGGAGCACACUAAUCUCACUUGCAGUCUUUUAUUUGUGCAAACAGACUAACGUUUCGAGGUCUUUUUUUUUAAUCUAAAAACAAAUCACAGUUCAAAAUUCCAAGAGAUUCCUACACGCCCCACUACCCCUCCAGUUUCCACCCAGCAGUUGGUACCGUGGUGGUCCUGGGAGGGGAGCCCAAGGCUCAUGCUGAGGCCCAAGUCGAUCUGUGGAAGAGGAUCCAGCAGUUUUUCAGAAAGCAUCUGUAGGGAUACACUAACCAUAAAGCCAUGUUGGUACAUAUUUAUUAUACUAUUGUCAUAGGGCUUUCAAAUCAAGUUUGUGUGCCAGCAUAGAUUGAUCUGAGCUAAAAGUCACAAAGAUAAAAAAAAAAAAAAUAGGCUUAACAUUCAGGAGUACAGAGAGCUAACAUUAAGUGUCCUUUUGUCCAGAGUGGUUGCACUGUCUCAAUGAAUUUUUAUAUGAACACAGAGAAUCAGUCUGCAUGUGUUUCAGUGAGUGACAUGGAUUUGGAUGCUCUUCAUAAGAGUCACCCUAAUACAUUUUUAUAUAUGAUGUUGUUGUUCUCUUUUUUAACAUGUUUUGCCAGUUAUGUCUUUUCUAGUCCUGUUAAAACCUUCUUAUUCACUUUUUUCUAUCAACGUUUUUGUGCUGCAUCUCCUUUCUUUGAAUUUAAGUAGGCCUAGCUAG